UUUUCGUCAUUCUCAAAAAACAGAAGUUCUGAGUUAUCUGUAACAACAAUUAAAAUUUUGCCGCACCGACUCUCCUCUAACUUAUUAUACGUAUAGAGAGUAGAAACUUGAGAAAGAAGAAGACUCUUGAGAUUUCUGUUUGGUCUGCGAGUGAGAAAGUAUUGUAGAAAGAGAAACAAUGGCGACUGAGCAUUCUGUAAUGGCAGUGAUUAGGGCAUAUAAGCCAGUUUUCAGAAAUGCUCACGACAAGGUAGCGUUUGCAGUACACGCCUCCUUCCUCGCUUCCGGCUACGUCCUCAACGCCACCGGUCCACCCGCUCUCUCCGAUGACGCCCUGUAUUCUGCCUCUACCGACGAGGCGGGGAUCGAUCGUUGGAACGAAUCGGAGGACGAGUACGGGUUUGUUUACCUAAACCCUAACAAGGGUUCCAAGAAAGUCUUAGUCAAGUGUCUCGCGAUGGACGAUAUGUUGUUUGUUGAUGCUGUGAGCGAUGACGGUUCCAAGCCUGUACAUCUUGAAAUUAAAGUUGGGGACUACGUUGAAGAGAACGGGGGAGAUAAUUAUAGUUCACAGUUCAAGAAUUUGGGGAAGCUGGUGAACAUUAUUGACAAAGAAAUGUUAACUAAAUUGAAUGGCUCUUCAACCACCAGCACUUCAACACAAUCUUUAAGUUCUGAGACAAGGGCAGGACAGAGAGACAUCCCAAUUCCGAUUGAUGUUGGAGUUGCUGAACCUCAUUACCCUCAACCUUAUCCUUCAGGAUUUGUCCCUCCUCUCGGUGGCAGCGAUCUUUUUCCUGGUCCUCCUCCUGGAGUGUUCCCUACCAGGGGUGGCUUUGGCAGUGGCGGGGGCAUGUUUGUAGGCCCCGAUCAUCCUCUGUUUGGUGGGAUAGGUGGAGAUCCUGGUUUCCCCAGAGGACAACCGGGUAUUCCAUCGGGUAUUCCUCCGGGCGCACGUUUUGAUCCCUAUGGCCCACCUAACGUUCCUGGUUUUGAGCCUAACCGAUUUGUCAGGAACCCACCAAGGAGGCCUGGAGGCGGAAAUCAUCCAGAUUUGGAGCACUAUAGGGAUGGUUCAGACUUCAUAUAGACUCAUGUUCCCACCCUUGAUGCGAAACCGAAGUUGGAUGAUACACUCUUCCUUUGAUACCUUGUCAAUGUGAUUACAUUUACUUUUUCCUAUACAUAUUAAUAGGGUUUGUAAGGUUUUGUUACAAGUUACUAAACUAUGUUUUAGAAUUGAUGAUGGUGCUUAUGUUAUGGAUUUCACUUUGAUAUC